GAGGGGUGAGAUAGAGAGCCGGGGAGGAACCGGUGCGCGCUCAGGCACGAAAGGCGCGCGCGCAGGACAUCAGCACACCGGCCGGGUCAAGGAGCUGCAAGGAUGGAGAUCCGACCAGACAGGUUCAAGGCGGUGGCGGGCAAAACUCUGGGGAAAAUUCACAGGUUGAUCGAGAAACGCCAGCCGAAUGGAGAAACCAUUGAGCUGUCGGCAGAGGGCCGCCCUGAGCUGGUGGAGGAGAAGGAACUGCCCGUGGUGGACUGCACCUGCUUCGGUCUGCCCAGGCGGUACAUCAUCGCCAUCCUGUCUGGCCUGGGCUUCUGCAUCUCCUUUGGUAUCCGCUGCAACCUGGGUGUGGCCAUCGUGAGCAUGGUCAACGACCACACUGUCUACAAAGGCAACAAGGAAGUGCUGGUGGCUGCACAGUUCACCUGGGAUCCAGAGACAGUGGGGAUGAUCCACGGCUCCUUCUUCUGGGGCUACAUAGUCACACAGAUCCCGGGUGGAUUUAUAUGUCAAAAAUUUGCAGCAAACAGAGUGUUUGGCUUCGCCAUAGUGGCCACAUCCACGCUCAACAUGCUGAUUCCAUCUGCGGCCCGCUGCCAUUACAGCUGCGUCAUCCUCGUCAGGAUAUGUCAAGGCCUUGUCGAGGGUGUAUCAUACCCCGCCUGCCAUGGGAUCUGGGCUAAGUGGGCGCCUCCUCUGGAGAGAAGUCGGUUAGCCACAACAGCCUUUUGUGGAUCCUACGCAGGGGCAGUAGUGGCUAUGCCUUUAGCUGGGAUACUGGUGCAAUACAUCGGGUGGCCUUCUGUAUUUUAUGUCUAUGGCAGCUUUGGGAUCUUCUGGUACAUGUUCUGGGUCCUGGUGUCAUACGAAAGCCCUGCAGCCCACCCCACGAUCACAGCUGAGGAGAGGAAAUACAUCGAAGACUCAAUCGGGGAGUCUUCAGCGUUUCUAAAUCCCCUUCAGAAAUUUAAAACUCCGUGGAGACAGUUCUUCACCUCCAUGCCGGUCUACGCCAUCAUCGUGGCCAACUUCUGCAGGAGCUGGACCUUCUACCUGCUGCUCAUCAGUCAGCCUGCAUACUUUGAAGAAGUCUUUGGCUUUGAAAUCAGUAAAGUGGGGAUGGUGUCCGCUCUGCCCCAUCUGGUCAUGACGAUCAUUGUGCCUAUUGGCGGCCAGCUGGCCGACUACCUGAGGACUCACAACCUGAUGACCACCACCAACGUCAGGAAACUCAUGAACUGUGGAGGGUUCGGAAUGGAGGCCACCCUCCUGCUGGUGGUGGGAUACUCUCACACCAAAGUUAUCGCUAUUUCUUUCUUGGUUCUUGCUGUGGGAUUCAGCGGCUUUGCAAUCUCAGGGUUCAAUGUCAAUCAUUUGGAUAUCGCCCCUCGAUACGCCAGCAUCCUGAUGGGCAUCUCAAACGGCGUUGGGACGUUAUCUGGAAUGGUGUGUCCUCUCAUCGUUGGAGCCAUGACCAAACACAAGACCCGAGAGGAGUGGCAGUACGUCUUCCUCAUAGCUUCACUGGUUCAUUAUGGAGGAGUGGUUUUCUAUGGACUCUUUGCAUCGGGAGAAAAGCAGCCGUGGGCCGACAUUGAGGACACGAGUGAGGAGAAGUGUGGCAUAAUUGAUGAGGACGAGUUAGCCAAUGAGACGGAGGAACUGUACAGAGGGGGCGGGCAGUACGGAGCCAUCAAUCAACCGGUGGUUGGUUCAAAUGGAGGAGGAGGAGGAGGAGGAGGAGGAGCAGGGUGGGUGACAGACUGGGACAAGUCUGAGGAGUACGUUCAACCUCCGGGAUACAACUCCUACAUGCAUGAAGGAGAGAAGGAAACAGAGCUGACAUAAAAGAUGGACACGAAGGAGACGAAAGGAAGGAAUGAGGGAUGAGGAGAGCCACCGCUGUACCAGAACGCCCUGCUGUGUGCUUUUGUACAACAUUUACAUCUUGUGCAUGUUGAGAGUGUGCAUCUGCUUCUAUCCCAGUAUGUGUGGACGUGCAGGAGUCUGACGGAUUUGUUUUUCAAACAAAAUUAACUAAAUCAGAACUUUUCUCUCUCCCGGGUUCAGAGCUACAGGUCUCGUUUUGCAAAGCGUUUGUGUGUUUCGGUGUGUGCGUCGGCCUUUUGCAUGUGCAGCACUUUGCUCAUGCAACAGGCGUUGUGUUGUACUGUCACGUGUAAACUGUGUACUCAUACUCUUCACCUUUUUUUAUUAUUAUUUUAUUUUGAAAGGACGCAAUCCUAAAACAAUGGUCACCACAAAAUGUGGUGUUGCUUCUUUUAAAGUAUCUCAAUCAAUAAGAUGAAAAGUGAAAAAAAAGUUUUUAUUUUAUUUAUUUUUAAGUUGUGAUAUUUAAGAAAUGGGUUUGGAUGAUGCAAACGUGAUGAUUGUGUAAGUCUGCGUGGGUUCAUUUCUGCCGUGACUUGAAGAAGUCUUUCCAGUCUGUUUUUAUGUUGUUUCAUUUUGAGAGGAAAUAAGGUGCUUUUGAUGAAGUUUAAAACCUUGCAGAUUUUUGUUUGUGCACAAAGCUACGCUUCUCCAUCUUAUCUCUAGGUGUUUGACCUGAUUAGGUCAUAAAUUCCUGGAGAAUUUUUAUCAUAAAGAUGCGCCGAAACAACAGUCUGAUACUUGAGGUACUUCCAGACAUCCGAGCACAAACUGCAUUUUUUCUUUUUGUUCAAACAGCGACUUUUCUCCAUUUUUCUCCUCGUAUUCUCACUAUCUAAAUUCGAAGUCAUGCCUGUGUUGGAGGGUCAAAGCUUUUCAGCCUAUCUGUGUCAGCCAGUGCGUGCAGGUGCUGGAAAAUUGUGCGGUGAGCAUGUUUUAAUGAGCACUGUACCCUGCCUGCCCUUUCUCCCUCUGUUCCUCUCAUUUACGAACACUCCAUGAUACCCACCUGAUUUCAAACAAGCAGACUUGUCCGCUAGUACAGAUUGAAUGCGUGCACACGUGAAUGAAUUUGAAGAAUUUAUAAUCUAAGGUUUGCAGAGAAUGUGUUCGGUCGGUCACAGAACCCUUUCCGUCACAUCGCCACGACACCUGGGCAAUCGGGUGUUUUUCUAGCAAAGAUUCUGACAUAUUGUGCAAUACUGCAGUUCUUUGCAGUCAUACAUAGAUUACAACAAAAAGUUUUAUAGAUUCAAUUUAAGAAUAAGAAAAGAAUGUUAAAAGUGAAAAUAUGUUGUGAUAUAUGUUAAAAGAAGGUUGAAUUAUAUUGUUUAGAGUGCAACAUAUUUAAGACUUGAAUGAUUAUUCCUGUGAACAGUUUCAUUUCCAAGUGUUGUAGCUGUGUAUCUUUAAUCAAGUUUCCUAUUUGUCUCAGUUUAUGGCUGUUUCAUUUUCGCCCCUCAUGAUGAAAUGUGUCAUUAUCUGAUGGGAAUCUGUAUUUAAAAAAAAGGAAGUGGUAAUUUGUAAAGAUGCAAAAAUGUAGAUGGGAUUUAAUGUAUAAAAUGUGAGAUAACCUUGUGAAAAAUAAAGAUUUAAGAAGUUUA